AUGGCUCCGGGUGACUUUGCUUCUGUUCCUCCCGGAGUCGUCCAUAACCCCAAGACACUAGGACCGCAUACCGAGACGUUUGGCCUCAUUACGCCAGGGGACUGGAUUGAUUUCUUUAGAUAUGUUGGCGAGCCGUUCGACGGAGUCCUGUGUCCCGAAUUCGACGAGCGGAGUCUGCGUGAGGCGGUCAUGGCCAAAAUGAAAAACGCAACGAAGGACUACGAUGUGUCUUUCCACCCUAAGCACGAAGGCUGCGAAGUAGGCGAAUGGAGCUUAUCAGACGAGACCCUGCCGGAGACCACAGUCCCGUAUUAUCUACGGGCGAACACGGGACCACGAUGGCUCUUGGGCGGCGUCCUAUCCAGGCCAUUCAUCACGACGCGGCAGAGCGACGGCAAAUUCGCCAUUUCGAGCAUCGAAUCUUCAGCGAAACAUGAGCCAUCCGUCUUCAGUCAGCAACUCAAGUUCCCAAAAGUGCACCACUGUCUCUGUGUGCUUGAGGGCGCUCUGGAAGUUUCUCUAGGUGACGGCGCAUCGAGCACAGUCCGGGAAGGAGAAACCAUCUUCAUCGCAGCGAACACUGCUUUCUCGCUGCGAUUUGGAAGCAAGUUCGUCCGGCUUUGGAGCUUUACGAGUGGAGAUGGCAUUGAGUCAUUGAUACAUGAAGUUGGAACACCGUUUAAGGGCUACGUUCUUCCGGAUCAAGCUGAGACAGUUGACCAGUCCAAGGUACAAGCAGCUUGCGAGAAGUCGAAUAUCGUUGUCUCGCAGAAGUCUUAG